AUGGCUUCCAGUGGCACAUCUGUAACGGUUCUGACUCCAAAUGGAAGAAGACAGACCCUCAAAGUGUCCCCUAACACACCUUUACUACAGGUAAGUCUUAAUAUAACAUCAUUUUAUCUUCGUCGCUCGGACAGAUUCUCUUUGUCUGUUACUUUGAGUCCAAAAACGAGAAAAGUAGUUUCCUCUGAGUUAGCUUGUUGGCUAAUAGCAGUUAGCCAGUGACAGAUCAGUUUCUUUUACGAGUCGAUUAAAUUCAGUGAUUUGUCAAAUAAGAUGGAAAAAUGUCAUCUGGGAAACAAAACAUGUGUUUCUCAUUUUCAGGUGCUGGAGGAUGUCUGCAAAAAACACGGAUUUAACGCAGAGGAGCACGGUUUAAAGUGAGUAUUAGCUGCUGUAGCUGUGAUAUGAUGGAGUCCAGUCAAAGUUAAUGUGAUGACUGUGUUAAGAGUUAUAGACUGAAUCAUUUUUAAGUUAAGAUUGUAUUCAUGUUUUGAUAGUUUAAGUUUUUUUAGAUGGUAAAUACGAUUACUGCUCUGAAUUUAUCCUGUGAUGAAGUAAAAUACGUCCAUCCAGGGCUGUGAUUUCAGGUUAAAUAUAUUGGAACUAUACUGAGUUUUUAGCAGUCUUUAGACAGUGUUUAAAUAUUGUUCAGCAAAGAUAAAUACUCAGGCUUUUACUCAUAAAGUUGUAUUCAUUUAAUGAGAUAAAAUCAAUGAAAAUAGUCAGUAUCUUGCUUUUAAUGACACAUGCAAUGAUUUUAAGACACUGCAUGUGCCAUUGUAAUCACAACACGGAUCAUGUCAUUCUUCCAAUAAUAACAAUAACAACAACAACAACAACAAUAAUAAUAAUAAUAAUACAUUUUAUUUGUGGACGCCUUUCAGCGCACUCAAGGACACCUUACAGGACAAUUAAAAGACACAUCAGUAGGAUAGUAAAAUCAUUAAAUUAAGAAAAAAGAAACAUCAACACGACAAAGUUUUAAAUAAAAAAGUGAAAGUCUAGACUCUGCAGCAGGUCAGUCUAAAAUAAUGUCUCCUCUUGUCUUUGUCACACUGACAUGAUAAAUCUGCAGAUCAAGAGGAUAGAUGUUUUUAAGUUUGUGCUUUUGUUACAUCUUGAGUGAUGGACUUUUCCCAUCACACCCACCUGCGUCUUUUCUGCUAACAGGUUUCAGAGGACUACUGUUGACCUCUCACUGCCGUGGAGGUUUGCCAACCUGCCCAACAAUGCCAAACUGGAAAUGGUGACGAGUACGAAGAAACAGGCUGCAGCUGAGAGCCAGGUUAGUUAUACUGAGUGUAGGUGUGCUUGAUAAAGAGAAAAAAUAAUACGAUGGCCAGUAUGCAAAGAUACAGAUGUCUGACAGCUCUUGAUGUAGUAUCUUUGUUUUUAUUUUUAGGUGAGAUUGAUUAAGCAGAAUAGAACUACGAUAAAUCAUCACAUAGAAAGAUAAUCUAUGCAACAAACGCAAUAAACAUAAAAUGUUUGAAUACGGUGUUCAAAGUCAAAAGUUUAAAAUUUGUUGAACUUCUUGUAAGUCAUUAUAGAAUCAGAAAGAUGUCAUUCCAAGGUACUUCUGGUGUGCAUGUCAGGGGGUUAAUGACACUAUCAAGCAUCACAAAUGUCGUUUUUCCUUAAUUGUGUGUUUAAUUUUGACAAAAACAAAUGUGAAUUCUUUGCAUCACUUUAACAUUAAUGUUUUAAUUCAGGUAGGAAAAAGAAACAUGAAGUACAUUUGAAAUAAUCAUAUGGAAGACAUGUUAGAGCCCCUUCCUUAACAUACAAGCUGAGUAUGUGGUAUAUAGUAAGAUAGAGAGCAGCAUGAGUCCACAACAGGGAGUAAAAGGGAACAAACAGCAGAGGACAUCAUUAUCAUGGCUGACAGUAAAAAUCUUCCUUUCCCUGUGGAUGAUUCUCUUUCUAUGUGCACUUUACAGGCAGAUUGCACCCAGGUAGACAGGAAGGAAUAACAGGAUUACCAAUAUAUAACCAACUUAAGAUAUCACAUCAAAAAAAGAACACCCUAUAAUAGUGUCUAAAAAGUGUUCUUGUAAACCACAUAACUAAGUGAGUGUUUCAAGUUUAGGCAGCAGAGCAGCUUCAGCGCUCCCUGUUAUUGAUUCCAACUGUCUGAGGCUCCUUAAGGAGUAAAUCCUGUUUGUUUUGUGUGAAGUCUGAGUUAAUUUGGUGUUUUGAUGUCGGCGGCGGAGAGUUUUAAAGUUUCAGCUUGUAAAUCAGAUAGAGCAUGUUUGAUGAAAGAGCGGAGAGCAUUUGUGCAACAUGGAUGAAUGCGCCAAGAUUACAGCAUCAGACAAGCUUCAAACAGCAAAAGGCAAAAGAAAAUAUCUGCAGGAAAGAAAGGAAAUGCCUGUGCUUUGGUAACACAACAGACAGUAUGGUGAUACUUGUGCCAGACUUUCAGUAUUAUAUUCCAUGAAAGAGAGAUAAAAUUCCCAGACUAUUGAUUAAUACCCCUAUACCGCCUCAUGAGUGUAUGGAGUUUUGUUGUCAGGAGCUGGAAAUGAAUAAAUUCUCUGUCUGUGUUCCUGUGCUCUCUGUGAUCUGACCUGUUUCCAAAAAGACUCUUUGUUGUAUCUGAGCUGUAGUUUCCGAUGACAUCAUGGCAUCAUAAUCUAAGCAAUAAAGUCCCGUCUGUGUUUCAUCUGUUGUUCUUGUCCAUUAAAUGGAUAGUUGCUAUUGAUACCUCGCAGAUUUUAUUGCUCCAACACACACUGUGACUUUUUUACACCACACACGCAGACUCAGACAAACUCAGUGUGGUGUGUGAGUGUUUUCACGUUCGGUCAUUGACAGCCAGCAGCUCCUUUCAUCUCUCUCGGUGUGCAGACGGGCAGUGUCCUUUCUGUGCUGGCUGGACAGCAUGGUUGUUGAGUAAACAUAAACAACUGGUAGAAUGAGUCAGACACAAAGAACAACAGAGACUCGCACCGAUGCCUGAUGUUACUCAUUUCCACGCUGAGGUGGGCCCACAUGUGCCGUCCAAUCAAGUCUGAUUAUCAAGGAAUUUUCCACCUGCAAAAUAAGCGUGGACUAAAGAGCAAAGUACAUUCAAACAGACUCAUCAGGGACAUUCUAGCACUUAGAGUAGUGAGUUCAUUUCUGCUUUUCAGGUGACUUUUUGACUCGUUAUAGUUUCAACGUGUUCAUUAUGGUUCUCUUUAUCACACGUCACACAUUUACUGUCUUAUGCAUGUUGUUUAUUCUGGAUCAAGUAGAAAAGUGUUGUUGUUUUAUGCUACCGUGACUUUAUGCCCCUCAGGUGCGAAUAGCUCUACAGAUGGAGGAUGGCUCCCGACUCCAAGGCUCCUUCUCAUGUGGACAGACUCUGUGGGAACUCCUCACCCAUUUUCCUCAGACCAGGUGUGUCUGUGUUGAAUUAUUCAUUGCAACUUUGUUUGGAGUUUGGCAACGUGAAGACUAAAUUUUAAGGCAAUUUUAAGGUUUUUUUUGGGAAGUGGAAAUACUGAAUUCUGCACAGAUUUGAUUGUUGCUUAAAGGGACAAUCUGCAACGAAAUGGUUUUACUCUCAUUCUGCAUUUAAAUUUCAUUGUGACAAAGAGACACAGGAGCCCUAGUACAUCUUGAAUAAUGUGUACUAGGGCUCUGGACGCUGACCCUGACUACAUUUACAUGUGCCCGGCUACUUUCAUAAAUUGACAUUUCACCCUCUCCGUUUACAAAAACCACUGCGUGCACACCACUGCAUUUUUAGAAAAGUGUUUGUUUACAUUAACCCGUGUAUAUAUGCUGUCAAGAGUAUGCCAAGCCAGUGUAGCGAGAAGCUCAAGCUCACAUUAGCCAAUCAGAAUUCUGCAUCCCGCCUCUGCUCCUCCACAUAGUACAGCACUUGAAUUUGCAAAUGCAAACAAAAACAAAUGGAUUGCACCAGCAUAAAUGCGACCGCUAUUCUGCAUGCAUCUAUGAUCACCAUAGAUUGUAAACAUAGACUGUAGAUUGUAAACAACGUCACAUUUAACCCACUUUCCUGUGCACAAUCUGCCAUCGGCUACCCAAAUCUCUGUUUUUCUCUGUUUACAUGCAAACGUGCCAAACGGAGUUUUCCAAAAUCUCCACUUUGACCAGAGUUUUUAAAAAGCAUUGUUUUCAGGGGUGAUUUCUCUGUUUGCGUCCAAAGAAAGGGUGCAAAGAUGGUUAAUGUCUCUGUUUUUAAAAAUAACCAGGUACGUAUAAACGGUGCCCCAAUCCCCCUGUAGUCACAGUGAAAAAAAAACAAAAAAACCUAAAAGUACAAACAACAGAUUCCUGUUUUUAUGUCCACAAGGCCAGAGAGUAAAUAUCAUGCAGGAAAGAACACAAAUAAACUUUGUGUUCGAUGAUAUGGGGGUUAUACUAUUCUGCGCACCCCCACCAGCUAUUCAAACGCACACUUGCACUCACACAUAAGCAGCUGUUACUCAGCAGUUCCAGCUGUGAGGUCCCAGGUGCUCAUGCAUUCAGCCAGCCCUCAUCUCAUCUCUGUUGAAUGACAUCACUCUUUAUAUUAUCCUCAGUUUUUUCCAGAGCACUUAUGCUUCCAUUAAAGGAAAUACUACAUCCACUCCAGCAUUAAAGUUUUAGGAAUACUGUGGAGCAACGAGGGAAAGCUUUGAUUUCAGCAUCGAGGAGAACAAUAGUAAAACAUUUACGGUUUGGUUAGUUUCUACGCGGGAUCGUGCACACAUGGUUUGCACAUGCGGGCAGCGUGACAUGGCAUCGGAUGAGGUUUUGUCGUAAAAUCACAGCUUGACAAGGGAAAGUCACUUCUGUGUUUUAUUCUGUCACUGUUCAGGGCAAUAAAAAUAAUUUCUCUGUAAUUUAACUUUGUUUUUUUCCUGUCACCGCCCGAUUUCCAGUGUGUCGCAGCUGUCAGAGUCAGGAUCCACCCCUGUGUGUGUUUACAUGAGAGACGAGGUACGCACGGCUAAUUUAAGUCUUAAGGAGAUGAAAGUGAGUUUAAGUUUAAACUUGUGCAUGUGUGUGUUGUUUUUUUUUUAGGUUAGUGGAGAAGAAGCACUCAAGAAGGCCACUCUGAAGUCUCUGGGUCUUACAGGAGGAAGUGCCAUUGUCAGGUAGACGGUUAAUGUUCAUGAGUACUUUAACUUGAACAUCAUAUCAGCAGUUAAAACGUGGUUUUAUUUACUCCUUUAAUUCAGGUUUUUACUCAAAAAGAACAAACUGCAAGAAGAUGACACUAGCAUGGAUGCCACUCAAGCAACUGCAAUAAAAACCACACCUGUUGCCAAGGAAACCACGCCUCGUCCCGAUGCUGCUCUGUCACAUCCGGAGACAUCUACCGCAGAGGUGCCAACGAGAAAUCCAGUCCCAGAUCGACCAGUAGAAACUCAGCCUGUGCCAGCUCCUUCCUCUGCCACAAGCACACCUCAGAACUCCCAGGAUGCAGUGCGGCCAAAGGUUCCUCCUGUCGACAGAGAAUUAUCAGAGGGGGACGAUGAGAGGGCGGGGCCGUCAGGACUGAACUCUCACUCAUCUUCCUCCUCCUCCUCUUCAUCUGUCGUCGCUCCCUCGGCUCCUUUCAUCCCCUUCUCUGGAGGGGGUCAGCGCCUCGGGGGUCCGGGCGGAGGGUCAGGAGGGCGCACUUUCUCAACAUCGUCAUCAUCGUCAUCUCUGUCAGCUCUGACUGGUGCUGUAGAGUCACCAAAAGCAAAGAAGGCCAAACCCAGCCAUGGCUCCAGUUCCAGGGUGAGCCUCAUAUCAGAUGGUCAUGAUCUCUACUUUUACUCUGAGAUAGCAGACGAUGAAACUGUGGUACACCUUAACCUCAGGCUGUUAUUAUUCAUUUAAAAUUUUAAUCCAUUUUCCAUCCAAAGCAGAGAUGACAAAGGUUUAAUAAGUUUCAUACGUCAGUGUAUAAUAAACGAACAAACAGGUUUUGAAGUGAAACUGGGUGUCUCCGUUUUCAGAGAAGUUUGUUUCAUAAUCUGAACCCUCAGAAAUGUUUUAUGAUCAUGUUAUUGAUUUUUGUUUGUGUAUUCGAGCUUUUCCAGACGGAAAAUUCUCAUCUCACUUUAACUCCAAAAUUGGAUUAACAUGUUGAGCUCUCUGUUCUUUUGCAGCAUGUCAUUAUCUCUAACCAGCCAGACCAGGACAUGGAUCAGGGGGAGCAGUUCUUCGAGGUAAACAUGUUUGUUUGCCGCCGGGACAUUUCUGAUCUCUGUAUUCAUAAUCUCACAGAGUUUGGGGAAGUUUUUGUCUCUUUAGUCACUUUCUUUUGCCACAUGAGGAAAAAAAAAACCUCAUGGGGACAUCAUGACUCAGGAGAAGUUAGCUGGUUAAGAUUUGAGUUAAUGGUUGGUUUGACUUUACUGUGAGGACUCAUUCUGGGUCUAUUUUAGUAAGAUCCAAAACAGACAAGAUCAGGAAAAACCUCUGAGGGUGCUUCUUAAACCUCUUACCUGUUGGAUUAUCAUCCUCAAACUAAUUAAAUCAGGGUCCAGUUCCCUUCAGCCACUCUUAAUGCUCAGUUAAAUAUUCUUUAAUGCUUCACAGCAAAAUUUGACAGUUUUCUUAUAUCUCCCUGAAACUACUCUGACUUUUAUGUUUUGGAGAAUCAGACUGAUUUGGUUUCUUACUGUAACCUGUGGGCUACAUUUAUAGCUAGGCCUUUCUUUGUUUUGAAUUGACACCAUUAAAGUCUGCAAAAUAAGCAGUCAGCUGUCCUAGUUGAUGUCAAAAAAAGUAUUUACAGACAAACUGCUGAUCAUAUACAGGAAAGAAACUUGCAUCAAAGCAGUCUCUUGUUUUAUGAUUUCAAAACAGUUUAUUUGUGAUAGUACUUGGAACGUAAGCUUAUAUUUGCUAAAAUUAAGGUUAUCUCGUGGUGAUAUUUCUUAAAGGGAUAUUCCAGCGUAAAUUUAAGUAAUGGUCAAACACACCGUAACACCGAGUUAGACACCCCCUCCAGAGAUGAAUGUUGCUGACCACUCGCUUUUUAAAUUAUAACCAACUUCAGUAACAACCGCACGAUAGCAAUACACAGCAGUCUACGUCUCCAUGUGCAAACCUUAACCAAAAAGUCACUUGUUUGUGGGGGGAGCCCUGACAAGUCGAUCACGGAGUGCAGUGGAGUCUCGCAGCUCAAGGAAGAACAUUUAUGAUUAUAACUUCAUGGAAACAUAAUCAGACUCAGACACUAAGGCAGAAAAACUACCGCGUCUGUAGUUCAAAAUGAUUAUUAUGAUGAUUAUUACUUCAUUGAAAUGAUCUGCUGCAAUCAGUGAUCGACUCAUCAGGGCUCCCCCACAAACAAGCAGCUGCUGGAGGAGAGUAGGUGAGUUGUGCUUAGUCUCUUUGCUGAAGAAAUCAGGCAAACUAAAAAGAUGUUUGGUGGCUAGUACAAUGGCUGGGACCCUAUAUGUACUGUUGAUGAAGUUAGGUGCUGUUCUGAGCAUUAUUUUUGUUUUGGUUGAGGUUUGUGAGUGGAGACAUAGACCGCUGUGUAUUGCUAUUGUUCGGUCGUUACUAAAGUUGGUAUAACUAGAGAAGAAAGCAGUCGGCAACAUUCAUCUCUUGAGGGGGUGUCUAACUCGGCGUUACGGUAUGUUUUUACCAUAACUUAAAUUUACCCUGGAAUAGCUUCUGUCUCCUCUGGUCUUGAAUGAAUAACUUCUAUUUUAUUUCAUUACGAUAUAUACCUGUCCUUUUCACUUUAUGCACUUUACGAGGUCAGGUCCUACUGUGCAGCCCACCUCAGAGACAGGAGAAACACCUUACCACCUGAAAACAUCGGUGGAGUGUGGAUGUUCUUCUGCCUCCAUCCUCUCACUCACUUUCUGUCUCCCUUCAGCCAGUGGAGCGAGAGCCUCUCAUCUAUCACCUGGACUCCAUGUCCCGUCACUCGAAGGAUCACCAGGAUCUGCCCGACGAGUUCUUUGAGGUGACGGUGGAUGAUAUCCGAAAGCGCUUUGCCCAGCUGAAGAGCGAGAGGUAAGCGAGGACGAGAAAGGAGUGAUUCUGGGUCAGAACGCUCUGUUCGAUAUUUAGUCCAAACACCUUGUUGCCGCAGAAACACGUCUGGUUCCGAUGUUUUCCUGAUCUGUUUCGAACAGAUAAUUAGUCAGUUUGGCAUUUGGUCCUGCGGUGUUUUGUCCAUGUAUAAUCUUUAAUUGUUGAAUACCAGAGCAGUGAUGAGAGGCCAGAGGCAGGGAGAGCGCCGGGCAUCCCUGCGUGCGUUUUGAAGUCUUUUUCUUUUUUCAAUAUAUUGUGAGUUUGAAGUUUUAUUUAUUUAUGAGUGCUUCUUCAAAACAGAUGCAUACGAGUUUACUAUGCGCUCUCUGGAUGUGGCCGUUGCAGACCACAGCUGCUGAGACGCUGUGUGUGUUUGUAAACAUGUUCCCGUUUAUAAAGACACCCACACUCUACAAAAGCUUCUAAAUGCAGCGCACAGGGAGCAAUUGGUACGUUGUGUCGGUAGACGUUUUAUCUUCGAGCCGUCGGACCGAACGCCGUCAGGUUCAGACCUCAUUGCACACAUCCUUUGAUCCAUGUCGACUUAGCCGGCUGCCUCGUGGCUACGCUACUACCCCGUCAAUGACUGCAAUUACCAAGGGUGGAAUUAAGACGACCGCAGCAAUUUAUCUCAUGCUCCUGACACGCACGCACACAUUAACGGCCACACGCGAGUAGCUGUAGAUGAAGCAUUCUCUGCUCAUUUUUUUCCCCCUCAUCUGUCUUUUUGUUUGUUCCUCCAGGAAGUUACUGGAAGAGGCUCCGCUGAUGACCAAAUCUCUGAGAGAAGCACAAAUGAAGGAGAAGAUGGAGAGAUAUCCUAAAGUGAGCACAAAUGACAAAUAAACACCAUCCUCUUUUUUUAAGUUUGUGUCUUUCUGUGAAAUAUCAGACUUUGGAUAAAUCACUACAACCUCUGUGUCUCCAGGUGGUCCUGAGGGUCCAGUUUCCAGACAGACAUGUUCUACAGGGCUUCUUCAGGCCCCUGGAGACAGGUGUGUGUGUGUGCACAGUGUGUGCGGUGUGUGUGUGUGUGUGCGCACUGAGGAGGGUGUUCAUUUCAGCUGGCUAGCCACAGGUAUGGCUGCAAUGUAAAAGCUACUUGCGGCUCGCUCACCACAUUUAUGAGUGCAGCCACAGCCGAGUGACAGAGAGACAGAAAGAAUGAGACAGGUCUGUAAUUCCAGAGAUUUAAUCCACCUCAGACCCAACAGCAACACGACAGCCAGCACAACAACAAAUCUGAGGGAAUUUCCAUCUGAAUAAUGAGUCGUACUCCUCAAGGUGACGAGUCUAGCAGCAGAUUGAUCAGGUCGAUCCUACUGAAGUUUGUGCUUUGCUUAUUUUGCGCAGUUGGGACUGUGAGGCAUUUCGUGAAGAGUCACUUGGAGGAUCCCCAGCUGAGUUUCUACCUGUGUGAGUGUCAUUUGAUUUGAGAUUACACAUGAACAAAUCCCUGCAUUAAGUUCACACACCCAGCCCCAAUGCCUUUACGAAGUGAGAUGGUGUUAUGAAAUCACAUUUCUGUGUUUCAUGAGGUUGUGUGUUACCUUGUUUACUCUGGAUAAACUUCUUCUCCUCAUAAUUAUAAUCUGUUAAUAAACUUUAGACCCUAUAAAUGUACUAUUUCAAUAAACGUCAAAUAAAAAAUGCUAUGUAACCACAUUGGACCUUGAAGGGAUAUUCCAGCGUAAAUUUAAGUUAGGGUCAAACAUACUGUAACUCCGAGUUACAGUUCCCUAGUUAUACCAACUUUAGUAACGACCGCACAAUAGCAAUACAGAGAAAAGCCACACACAAAUCUCAACCAAAACGCCACUCUAUAGCCACAAAUAAUGCUCAGAACAGCACCUAACUUCAUCAACAGUACAUAUAGGAUCCCAGCCAUAGUACUAGCCACCAAAUAUCUUUUAGCUUUGCCAAAACACAACCAAACACAACUCACCCAUUCCCUUCCGGCAGCCGCUUGUUGGUGGGGGGAGCCCUGACGAGUUGAUCAGCAAGUGCAGCGGAUCAUUUACAUCAAGUAUCAUCAUAAUUAUCUAAUGAUCAUUUUGCACUGCAGACGCAGUAGUUCUUCUGCCUUUGCGUCUCGGUCUGAUUUCAUUUCCAUGAAGUAAUGAUCAUAAAUGUUCUUCCUUGAGCUGCGAAACUUCACUGCACUCAGCAAUCGACUCGUCAGGACUCCCCCACAAACAAGCGGCUGCUGGAGGAGAGUGGGUGAGUUAUGUUUGGUCUCUUUGCUAAAGAAAUUGGGCAAAGCUAAAAAGAUGUUUGGUGGCUAGUACUGUGGCUAGGACCCUAUAUGUCCUAUUGAUGAAGUUAGGUGCUGUUCUGAGCAUUAUUUGUGGCUAUAGAGUGGCGUUUUGGUUGAGGUUUGUGUGUAGAGACGUAGACCACUGUGUAUUGCUAUUGUGCAGUCAUUAUUAAAGUUGGUAUAACUAGAGAAGCAAGUGGUCGACAACAUGCUUCUCUCUAGGGGGUGUCCAACUUGGUCUUACAGUGUGUUUGACCCUAACUUAAAUUUACACCGGAAAAUCCCAUGAAGUGUUAAUUUCGGACUCUUUUAGUUUUGAUUCUUGUUUUUUUUUAUUUAAUAGCUAGCUAGAUGCCAUGUACAUUUUAACCAAUAAUUUCUUUGCUACAUACUCUUUUUCAGUCAUCACCCCUCCAAAAACCAUCCUGAAUGACUCCUCUGCUACGCUGUUCCAGGUAAGACACUCAUACUGCCGUAUAGAUAACACAAAAAAACACACACCUGUUAAGAGAACAGUAACAAACGCGAGACGGUAAAAUUUCUGGGGGGAAAAAAAAGUUCAACAAUUUGACUUCCAGUUUUUGAAAGUAUAGUCACACACAAACACUGAAUGUUCAGGCUGGUCCCUCUCUCCUCUUUAAAGCCCCUCCACAUUCCCGUCCUCCCCCCUCUCCUCUCGCUCCUCCACACUCUCACACUUGUUCCCCCCUCUCCUCUGUCCUUGACCCCAGCUGGGCUUGAUUUUUCCCAGACUGGCACAUGGGGUUAAUACAGGCCCUGCUUUGAUCUCAACACACACACACACACACACACACACACACACACACACACACACACACACACACACACACACACACACACACACACACACACACUGGGCAGCCUUGAUGCAGUGUUACCUUCAGAGUUCAGGGCUAUUCUUAUCAUGAAACAUUUAAGAGUGAAGAUCUAGGAAUGCUUCUGUUUUGAUCUCUCUGUUUUACUUUAUUUUUCACAAACAUAAUUUCAGAAUAAAAAGAACAUUUUGUUUUUACUUUUUUGUUUUUAUUUUGGUAUUUCGACUCAAGGUGGAGAGAGUGCUGUGAUGAUGAAUUCAGACCCUCAAGAGAUUACAUGAAGAAAGUGAUAAAAUCAUCAGAAGCACUCUUUGAAAUGUGUGAGCACCCCUCUGGUGCCACAAUCUCUCUAAAUCAUAUCGUGUUUUCUGAUGUAAGACACCGCGCUCUCUCUUUAUUUUUCAUCUUUUUGUCCCCUGCUGAACUCUGACUCUCGUACUCCUUCUUGUCAAACUUUUUACUGUUUUCCUCUCAGCCAUCACCUCCUGUGCCCUCCUUCGCCAUUCCCCGAUGUCUAUCCGUAUCCAUCUAUCUCUAUCCAUCUUAGAAGUGAAGAAAACAAAAUCUUGAAUCCCCUCAGUGUCACGUCACUUACACACAAACACUCACACACACAGUCUGGCUCUGUUUCCUGAUGCAUACAUCAGUCUCUGACAAACAGACAUAUAAGGAAUCUUUAAUCUUUUUUUGUCACGUUACACAGCCAUGAGUGCACCAGCAUAUGUACUCUCUCUUUUGCUCACACACACACACACACACACACACACACACACACACACACACACACACACACACACACACACACACACACACACACACACACAGAUGUACAGUUUAAUCACUUUGUGUCAUGUCAGGAAAGGAAUGUUUCCCAACCCAGAAGCCCUUUGAUACCAGGCGUCCCCUCCCUCACCCGUCUCUCCCUCUGUCUUCAAUCAGGACCUGUUCUUUCUCUCUCUCUCUCUCUCUCUCUCUCUCUCUCUCUUUCUCACACACACAUACUCUAGUCCUGUGCCGUCGCGCUGUCUCAUCCAGAAAGGACAUUCCGGUGCCGGAGGGAGCGGGAUUGUAGGAAUGCCGUUGUUUCACUGUAACACAUUGUUUCCUGCUCACAGGGCUGAGAUAAUAGCAAUUAAGCUGGAGUGUCCCAAUUCAGCGGACAUCGGGGGGGAGAGGAAGGGGGUGGCACCGUGGGAGGACAGUGUGUGUAACAAGGAUUUACUGGAGGCCUAAUUCACUUAAUUCAACUCUUAUUUUACUGUUUGCUAAUUUGAUCACUUGUUGUAUCUAAGUCAUAGUACAGUCACCCUCCAUCAGCAUCAUGCUAUCAUGCUGCAGUGCUUCACUAAGGAGUUAUAAACAACCACAGCGGACAGAUCUGUAUUUGUUCUCUAAAACUGUGUUUGAAAUUCAUAACUGCGGGCGUAUGAGCAAAGGCUGGUGGUGCUAGCUCUGCUUCCUUUAGCCACACUCAGCAAACCAGUUUGACGUCAUUUUAUUUACCCACUGACUUCCUCUGGUUUUUAGCUUCAAUAGAUUGUGCUUGUUCUGAGCUGUUACUCUUGUACUGGUCAGUUAGUUCAUUUAAAGGGAUAUUUCGGCGUAAAAUUAAGUUAGGGUCAAGUACACCAUAACACCCCCCUCGAUAGAUGAAUGUUGUCGACCGCUUGCUUCUCUAGUUAUACCAACUUCAGCAACGUCCGCACAAUAGCAAUACAUAGCGGUCUACAUCUCCACAAACAAACCUCAACCAAAAAGCCACUCUAUAGCCACAAAUAAUGCUCAGAACAGCACCUAACUUCAGCAACAGUGCAUAUAGGGUCCCAGCCAUAGUACUAGCCAUCAAACAUCUUUUUAGCUUUGCCAAAUUUCUUUAGCUAAGAAACUAAACACAACUCACCCACUCACCUCCAACAGCCGCUUGUUUGUGGGUGGAGCCCUGACGAGUCGAUCACCAAGUGCAGCAGAUCAUUUCCAUGAAGUUAUAAUCAUCAUAAUAAUCAUUUUGCACUGCAGACGCGGUAGUUCUUCUGCCUUAGCGUCUCGGUCUGAUUGCAUUUCCAUGUAGUAAUGAUCAUAAAUGUUCUUCCUUGAGCUGCGAAACUCCGCUGCACUCUUAGGUCAACUCGUCAGGGCUCCUGAUGAAAAGGCUGUAUGCACCUUUUUGCAUUCGGCCUUUUCAAGCAGGCCGUAUGCGAAAAAGCAUAGUUGUAGCAAGCAAGCAGUUGGCAACAUUCAUCUCUCGAGGAGGGUUGUCUAACUUGGUGUUCUGGUGUGUCUGACCAUAACUUAAUUUUACGCUGGAAUAUCCCUUUAACUAGCCACAAAUUUAAUCCGAAACAAAAUUGACAUUUUGACGUCAAACUUUUCAACCUUGUCCUCCAUGUCAAACACAGUGAGACAAAAGUAUCUUCUCCUAUCACAACACUGUGUCAUUGUCAUUCAGAUGGUUUUAUGGAGUGUUAUUAAAGUUGUGGCGUUAGUAGCAGGUGCUUCUUUAACACGGUUUAUAUGAAGAGUUACUCCAGGCAGUAUUCAAAGUUUUAUCGUGAUGUUUGAGAGAAGAAAGAGUGACUGUACCUGUUUGUUAGAAAAAUUAAAAUAUAGAUUAAAUUUGAAUUUUAAAAAACUGAGGACAUCUUCAAACCGUACACAAUUUCAUAACUAGCAGGGAACAUGAGAGAUAUGAAUGAAGUCAAAGAUUAUCACGACAGUAGUUAUCGAAUUUCCCUUUGUGUGUUUGUUAGAGGAGUGUUGGGAGUCUUUUUUAUCAACAUGUAUAAAAUACAAACAUGAACUCCUGUUUUUUUGUGAAAAACCACUUCAACAUAAAAAAAGUUUACAGAAUUUAGUUUCAUGUUUCUUCUUUAUCAGCCGUUUUUUGUAUUUAACAUGUCUGGUCGAUAACUGCCAUGAGCAUUAGGCACAUAGUUUUCGACUCCCUGGAGUUAAAAUCCACUGAGAGCGUGGAAGUGAAACUUUCUCACAGUGUUUUUCAGGAGUUGAGGUUUCUGACAUGUCCACUUGCUGAAAGUGAUUGAACCACUUCACACAGGCAGGAGAUCAUGUUUUUCUUGAAACCCACUCUGUUUGUUGACUUUCUGACAUUUUCCACUCUGUCUGCGUCUGCACCUCAUAAUUGUACGGUUGAUAAUAUCUGCCUGCCGCUGGUCCAUUAUAACCAUUAAGCAGUUCAUUGUGGAGGAGUGUUGUGCUUCAGGGGUGAAAGUGUUUUUUUUUUCUUCUCACUAACCGUUUGAUUGGAGCUCAUUUUGCGGUUCACUUCAAAGAACCACAGUCACUGAUUCAGAUCCCCGAGCCAUGAAUCAUCCUCGAAAAUCAACUCGACUGGAGUUUGAUGUGGUUAGAGAGCUCAGUUUGCGUGUAACAGGAGGCAGUUUUGUUUCGAUUUUUCCAUUUUGUACAAAAUUAACUUGAGUGCCAACAUUUUAAAUGGUUUCUGACUCGUCUCUCUCUCUCUCUCUCUCUCUCUGAUGCAGGCGGACCUCUUUCCUGGAGCUCUGGUGUACUUCGGUUCAGAUGCUAAGACAGGUUUCUAUCUUUUCUGUCCGUUUCUUAGAUUUCCUAAGAUACUGAUCUAUUACUGAUGAAUGUGAUCAUGAAAGGUAAUAGUUUACGUUAUCUGACGUGUGUGUGUGUGUGUGUCUCCUCAGAUUCUUACAUAAAGAAGGAGCUGCUCCAAUCAUCCGUCUCUGCCUUGCAAGCAAACGAGUCCAUCGCGAGGUAUGCGAACACGUGUGUGUAUUCUCAAAGUGUGCCUGGUCGUGCGAGUGUUUGGGUGUGUACAUGCAGUUGUAACCCGCGGCAACCGGCCUAUUUUCCUGUCACAAAGCCGUCAUCAUUGGAAUCCCUUUGAGGUUGUGCCUAAACAGCAGGUGCCCCCGUGCACCCUCAUUUCCUCCACACACACACACUCAGACACACACAUAAAUUUUCCAGUUCUUCUAAAGAUAGAGCUGGUUUCCUAGAUGUGACCCCCACCUGUUGUCCUUUUUCCUUUGAAAAGUCAGCCCUCCUUCUCUGUUAAAGAUGUCGUUCUCUUGUUUAACUUCUCUUAUACUUUCAUAUUUCAACCUUUCUCCUCUAUCCUUCCUCCAACACUAGCUGCAUGCUCCGACCCCCUUCACCCCCCACCAGUUCCACGGGCCUCGAGGAGCCGCUGCCUCCCUCAGAGCCGACACCUGACACGAGACAGCCCACACAGAGCGAACCAGACCCAUCUGCACACACCCAGGCUGCUAAACCACCCAGAUCUGACCCAGGCAAGGUGCCAAAGUGGCUCAAGCUUCCAGGUAAGGGCAGAAUAUUAGGCGCAGAUACAGAUGGAGCCAGUCUGUUUUUUUUCUGUGUUAAAUAAAAAAAAAACAACAACAACAAUUAAAUACACUCAAUAACUCAGAUAUGAAUUAAUCAGGUAUUUUAUUUUAUGUACGAGUGAACAUACCAGAAUUCUUACAAGGCUACAAACAUUAAAGAAAAAACAGGAGCCGUCGUUACUAAAACUAUGUAAAAAAAUUGACAGAUGUCAGGAUUAUUAUAUUGAUAACUUCAGGAUGUAUUUCUUAACAAGAGGCUGCCAUAUAACCCUGUUUAAUUCAAACCUACUCUCAUACUUACUCAGGACAGGAAAUACCGUUUCCAAAGAUUCCCAACAGUUCACCAUCAGAGGAAUACUUCAACAUGGGAUUAAUGUACAUGUUUGAUACUCAACUCUGCGCUGAUGUCCACAGACAUUUAUAUUUGGUUCUAUUCUUCCUCUUUAGAUAAAAAUGCUUCUGAGUUUGAGUCAUUUUUGCCAUUUAUAGUUUUAGUGAGAUAGCAAUCACUGGAGACUUAAAACCUUUAGCCAAGUAUUAGUCGAUCAAAACUCCUCAUAUUUGCAUUAAAACAUCUCUUUUAAUUCCUUUGCUAAUCUGAUCAGAAAUCAGUGGUUGUGCUACACGGUAACGCAACAUUUCACUCCUUUUCACUUCUGCUUCAUCUUGGCGACUUGGGGAUGAAACUAUGAGCAUUUCAAUCCACUAACGCACACGCUUGUUCCGCGAUCAUUUCCUCGAUUUCUCCGAGUGUGGCCUGCAUCGUGGGGCUCUGGGGGCGGAGCUUGGAUUUGUGACAUAGGAAAUCUCACUAUAUCUGAGCCUGCCGUUUGGGUCUGCCAGAGACUCACAGCGUGAGUUUAUAAUAAGAGGGCUCUGUCACACUUCUGCAGUGAUAUGCUUUUGUUUGAGAUAAAACUGUGGUCCUUGACUUAUUCAGCCUUUAACAUGAUUGAAUUGCCCGUGUCUUUGUCUUUGAUGAACAUUUACUGCCAUAAUUUUCAAACAAAUCAACACUGCUUUUACUUUCAUGCCACCAAAAAUCCAUAACAGUCUGGUUGGAAAGCAGACCUUCCUUAAUGGACUUGAUCUUGUGGAGGUUUUUGUACAGCUUUCACCAAACAGGAAAACACACCACAGUUUGAACCACAGCAAACAGAGUCGAUUUAAAAGUAUAUAUGUGUAUGACCUCUCUCUACAAAAACACGUUGGAGCUCUCCAUCCGUCCUCCUCAGAGAUCACUCCUCUCUUUCCUGGAGUGAAAGAUCUAAAGGCUUCCAGCCACAUGAUUCCUAUAAUACUUCACACACACUAACAUGCGAAAGCUCCCAAACCCCCAAACCGUGGCCAACAGGAAAGUAGCAUUUCUCAUGACUCACAAGGUAAAGAUGCAUGUUAGGAUGAACCAAUUAGUUCUGCGGGGUUACCCCCCUCCAGCAGAGGAGACCACUUCACACACUCAGAGCCUAAAGAGAGAGCUUGUUGUUGGGCCACAUCACACAGAAGAGCCCCUGUGGUCCCUCUUGGCAUGUUGUUCUGUUGUGGUGUCUGAUGGUCACUGUAUGGAUGUUUUUGUUUAGGAUAUCGGCCCCUUCAUGUUAUGUGCGUGUUUUAUUUCUGGCUGAUCGCUGUGUGUGUCUUAAAGGAACUUGUGGCUGCUUUCUCUUUCAUGAGGAAAGUUAAAAGAAAAAGAGUAAAGAGAGAGGGAGGGGGGGCUGAAUGUGGAGUUAUAGACCACAUGUGUGCAACCCUACAGCACAGAGGACACCAAGAAUCACAGCAGAUGUAGUUGAACAUGUUUAAGGAGAAACAACAAACUAGUCUUCAGAUGUAUUCUGGAGGAAUCACCAUUAGAGAAGGCGCACUUUACUCUUCUACCAUCUGUCUAUGUUCGACCAAAACCCUGGAAUUUUCGACCAGAAAUUGACCUAUGGCGGGGGUGGGGUUUCAUGACUCUGACGGCAAACCCUUCUGCGGCAGGGGACGACGCGGCUCGGUGGAGCGAAAAUAUACUGAUAUUAGCACAAGAAGGGAAUUAAACAUUACGAAAGUUGACACGCUCAAAUAUAAAAAUAAAUAUUCAGCAAACCAUUGGAUGCGAAAAAUUUUUUGGUAGGAUCGUAGGGGAAGGUCCCGCUCUCCUUCACCUCUGAUUGGCUGGAAGUGCUGGGCUUCAAUUGGUUAUUCGCAAUAAUUAGGAUGAGGGUUAGGGUUAGGGUUAGGAGAUUCAGAAGUGCGAUAAUGUUCUGUGAUGUUCUGUUCGAAGUACAGAGCCGACAGCCCGCGUUUGGCUUUAGCGUGUGAUGACGUUUCCAGCUUUUCAAGCCAAUCAGAGGCGAAGGAGGCGGAACUUUCUCCUACCAUCCUACAAAAAUAAAUAUCAACCACCGAACAUUGAUUAACGUGGACACUUCAAUCUUCCUGUCUCCAGUCAGUCUCCAGUGGAUUGAGCGAAUCCAAAAUAGUGAAAACAAGGGGGGUGUUCUGAGACAGGCUGUCACCUGUGAAACUUGGGUGCUCUGAAAACACCCUGUAAAGAUCUGUUUAUGUCAAUCCAAGCUUUAAUACUUCCUUCAUUAUGACAGACAGUUUUGUAUCAUUGCCAUACUAACUGUUGUUUAUCACCCUGAUCAAUGACAGCAGAUCACUGGACCACAAAUCAACUUGGACUCUCCACAUUUGUUGCCAAUAUUUCUAAGACCUCACUCUGUUCAUUGAUUGUCGUUCUUCUUUCUUCCUUCAUAGGUAAGAAAUAA